CACUUAAAGCCACAAGCCAGAGAGCCACAAUCUGAAGCAAUGCAGGCAUUUACCACCCGGAACCGGGUGGCACCUACGGUGAUCCUGGAGCCUGCGGGUGGUUGCCUUUGCGACCAGCCUGUGCACAUCGCCGUGCGAGGCCUGGCCCCCGAGCAGCCCGUCACGCUGCGCGCCGCCCUGCGCGACGAGAAGGGCGCGCGCUUCCGAGCCCACGCGCGCUACCGCGCCGACGCCGCGGGAGAGCUGGACCUGGCGCGCGCGCCCGCGCUGGGCGGCAGCUUCGCGGGGCUCGAGCCCAUGGGGCUGCUCUGGGCCAUGGAGCCCGACCGGCCUCACUGGCGCCUGGUCAAGCGCGACGUGCAGACGCCCUUCGUGGUGGAGCUGGAGGUGCUGGACGGACACGAGCCCGACGGCGGGCGGCUGCUGGCGCGGGCGGUGCACGAGCGUCACUUCAUGGCUCCCGGGGUGCGGCGCGUGCCCGUGCACGAGGGCCGUGUGCGCGGAACGCUCUUCCUGCCCGCAGGCAUUGGGCCCUUUCCUGGAAUCAUAGAUCUUUUCGGAGUUGGAGGGGGCCUUCUGGAGUAUCGGGCGAGUCUGCUGGCUGGGAAGGGCUUUGCUGUCAUGGCUCUGGCUUAUUACAACUAUGACGACCUCCCCAAGAGCAUGGACAUUAUCCACCUGGAGUAUUUUGAGGAAGCUGUGACCUACCUGCUCAAUCACCCUCAGGUAAAAGGUUCAGGAGUUGGGGUGCUUGGCAUUUCCAAAGGGGGUGAACUUGGCCUUGCCAUGGCCUCCUUCCUGAGAAAUAUCACAGCCGCUGUCAUCAUCAAUGGCUCUAUAUCCAGUGUCGGUGGAACCUUACAGUAUAAAGAUGAGACCAUGCUCCCUGUGGGCAUGAACACCAAACGAAUCAAGAGGACCAAAGAUGGUCUCAAAGACGUUGUGGAUGCUCUAAACAAUCCUUUGGAAGGAGCUGACCAGAAGAGCUUGAUUCCCGUGGAAAGGUCUGACACGGCCUUCCUGUUCCUUGUAGGUCAGGAUGACCACAACUGGAAGAGUGAGUUCUAUGCCAGAGAGGCCUCCAAACGCCUGCAGGCCCAUGGGAAGGAGAAGCCCCAGAUCAUCUGCUACCCAGAGACAGGCCACUAUAUUGAGCCUCCUUACUUCCCCUUGUGUAAGGCUUCCCUGCACAACCUGGCGGGUGGUCCUGUCAUCUGGGGAGGGGAGCCCAGGGCCCAUGCCAUGGCCCAGGUGGAUGCUUGGCAGCAACUCCAGACUUUUUUCCACAAUCAUUUGGAUGGAGAAAAGAAGAUAAUCCCAGCAAAGCUGUGAUUUUUAUUUAAGUUUUAUUUUAUUUAAGAUCUCCGAUGCUAGCUGGGCAGUGGCUGUGCACACCUUUAAUCCCAGCACUUUAGAGGCAGAGACAGGAGCAUUUCG